AUGACGUUUUCUCAAGUAAAAGAUUCCGGAGGUAAAAUAGUCCCCCGUUCGGAUCUCCGGGUGGGGACUACUAGAGAAGAAAGAAUGGUCAAGAAAAGUAGACAAGAUAGAAAAAUAGCAACCUGGAAUGUACGAACCCUAUUACAAUUUGGGAAACUGGAUAAUCUAAAAAUAGAAAUGGCAAGGAUGAGCAUUGAUAUUCUAGAAAUUUCGGAAGUAAGAUGGCUUGAAACUGGAGAUAUAUGGAGUGGAAAUUAUAGAUUUAUAUACUCAGGCACAUCUGUUAAGUACCCUGGAAGGGGAGGAGUUGGCAUAAUGCUUAGAAAGGACAUUGGAAAGAAAGUGAAAAGUUACGUGCAGUACAGUGAAAGGAUUAUUCUUGUUAAAAUAGAAACCAAACCAAAAGACACAAUCAUAGUACAAGUCUAUAUGCCAACCUCCAACAGUAAUGAUAGCCAAGUAGAAGAAGUAUACGAACAAAUAGAGAAAGCUAUUGAUACAAUCAAAGGAGAAGAAAAUCUGAUCAUCAUGGGAGACUGGAACGCAAUAGUAGGAGAAGGAAAAGGAGAAAGAAAUAUUAUGGGAAAAUAUGGUCUGAGAAAAAGGAAUGAUCGGGGAGAUAGACUGGUGGAAUUUUGUGCAAAACAUGAUCUGAUAAUAACGAAUACAUGUUUCAAUCAUCACCCAAGGAGAAGGUACACAUGGAAAAUGCCAGGAGAUGUGGGAAGGUAUCAAAUUGAUUUCAUCAUGGUAAAAAAUAGAUUUAAAAACCAAGUCAAAGAUAGUCAGAGUUAUCCUGGUGCGGAUAUAGACAGUGACCACAAUUUGGUCAUGAUGAAAUGCAAUCUCAAUUUUAAAAAAAUUAAAAGGAGAGGAAACACCAAUCGAUGGCAAACUAGUAAACUAAAGGAAGAAAAAGUAAAUGAAAAGUUUAAAGAAUACACAAAUAAAAUAAAAACACAUGAAGAACAGGACAUUAACACCAGGUGGACUUCCUUGAGAGAAACAACUACAAAUGCAGCAACUGAGAUAAUGAAAGAAACAAAAAGCACAUUACCGAGGAAAGAAUGGAUAACACCAGAGAUUAUUGAAAUGAUAGAAGAGAGAAGGAAGUAUAAAAACUUAAACACUAAUGAAUAUCAAAAGAGAUACAGGACUUUAAGAAACUUGAUCAUAAGGAAAUCAAAAACAGCAAAAGAAAAAUAUCUAGAAGGAAAGUGCGAGGAAAUAGACAUUUUGAUACGAAUGGGCAAGAUAGAGGAAGCAUAUAAAACAGUAAAAAGGUUCUUCGGAGUACGUACACUCAAAAAUGGAGCAAUAGAAAAUAAAGAAGGAGAGAUAAUUUAUGAACAGGAACAGGUUGUAGAUAGAUGGAAAGAAUACAUAGAAACACUAUACAAAGAAGAAGAACUGUUUGUUACAGACUUAGAAAAGAUAAACGACAAUGAGCAAGAUGAAGAAUAUGUAGAAUAUCCAAUAUUAAGAGAAGAAUUUGACAAAGCAUUAAGAGACUUAAAACCAAAGAAAGCACCGGGAAUAGAUGGGAUCUAG